AUGAGUGGACAGCGCAACUCUUUGCGUGAUGCCCCCGUAGAGGCGGUUUCCAGGCGACCCCGAACAAAUGAUAUCGUUGACAAUAACCAGGGCGAGCGUGAGGUAUUGUACGUCAAGGCCCCGCUAACGUUUACGGAUCCAACCCCCCGGGUUCUGCCGCAAUCGGGGUACAACCAACAGUACCAAAGUCCCCCACGUGUGCAGCGGCGCAGACGUGGUGGUGGUACGAAGACACUAUACGUGCGUACAGACGAUAGCGAAAGCGAGAAGGAAGGCUCUUCUGAUGGAAGAAACGGAAUGAGGCAGCUUGUUACGGCUGCUGAACAGCCUGAAGGUGAUAGCGAUGUGGGCGAGGAGGAGGACUCAUCGAGUUUUAUGGGUAAACUAGCGGCUUGUGGUGAUGCAUUUCUGCGGGUUGCAAAUUCCAUACCUGGAACAGUGUUUGGUGUUUGUCAGAAGUGGCAUGUUACGGGCAUACUGAUAUUCCUGUUCUUUUUUUUGUGCUUUAUGUUUUUUCUCAUGCUGUCUGCAAAGCAGGCGCAGUAUGCGGCUAAGGUGAUUGAACACGACAACCGACAAAGUCUGUUAUUCACUGCCUCUCUCGUGGACCAGCACCUCAUGGCGGCAAACGAAGCACGAAAACUCAUGGGAUCCGACAGCCAGCGGUCUGCCGCUGCCUUGAAGGAGGCUAAAUUGCAUGUGGAGGAGUUAGCUGAGUUGUGCGAUGGAAGUAUAAAGCAGCUGCACAGUCGAAUUUUGUACCCCGGGCCAGUGGAGGACAUCAAAUUCCUUUUGGAGGAGCAUGUGGCGUAUGAGGCAAAUUUAGUGCGUUUAAUUAAGGAGGAGGUUGAAUGGUUUGAGCGACAUGUGCAUGAUCACAAGAAGGUGACUACUGGCCCUCAAACUGGAGUCGGGAAUGCCAGUAGCAAAAAAAAGGAGCGGACACCAAAGCAUCGUCAGGGUCAAAAAUUUACCCUCACGAAGACAGGGUUUUAUUUGGGUGCGGGGGACGGUCCGGAAGCGAACUCAAAAGAUUUGCUACCGUUUUUCAGAGUGUUCCUUGGCGGCUUGCUGGGGAACCGGGUGAUUGUUGCUGUUGCAUUACUUGCCCUUGUUGUAUUAUACCGCAGGUUGUCGUAG